AUGAUUAUGCGGCACAUCCACCCCCAGGUGCGCUUGAUAAAGCCCUUGAGACGAUCAAGGAAUCUCCAUGGAAACCCCUGCUCUUUUACGCUCGGAGUGUGCGUCCCUGAAUGUGCUCCGGCGGAAGUGAGCCUCUGCCUGCUCACAAAAGAGAUGGCGAGCGGCAUCGGGAAACACAAGAUCCUGAAUGUUGGACCGACUGAGCCAUGGUCCAUCAGAGAGAAACUGUGCCUGGCCUCUUCGGUCCUAAGGAGUGGAGACCAAAACUGGGUGUCUGUGAGUCGAGCCAUCAAGCCUUUCUCAGAGUCAGGCCGACCGCCGGACUGGUUCUCCCAAAAACACUGUGCCUCUCAAUACUCCGAGCUGCUGGAAGCCACAGAAGCACCAAAGAGAAAACGUGGCGAGAAGGGAGAAGUGGUGGAGACCAUUGAGGAUGUAAUUGUGCGGCGGCUGACCACGGAGAGGAUUGAGGAGCUGAAGAAACUGCUCAGAGAGAGACAGGAGCAGUACAGGAAGUUGAAGAAGGAGGCGGACCUGAUACAGGCUGGUCAUAUGGACUCGCAACUGAAGGAGCUGCUAACAGAAAUUACACUAAAGAAGAAGCAGGAUGAGGAAGAAGCAGAGCAGAAGAGAAAAGCCACCGAAAUGGCCUACCAAGCUCGCCAGGCCAUUAAAAAUACGCCCAAGCGCCUUCCCAGUGUCACAGUGCGAUCCCCUUUGGGAGCCAGUCCCACCUCCCUGGACUCUCAGGCCGAGUCCUCCGCCUCCUCUCUGCCCAUGGACACAGGAGGGCCCCCGCCUGAGGGCCCCGCACUCCAUAAUGUUGUGCAGGGUGUUGCAGCUUUCAUGCCCGUGGACCCUUCUGGAUCUAAAGAAGCUGCUCUAGCUGCUCUGAUGGACGACUCUCCACAGAAGAGGCUCCUGGCUCAGAAGGCCACUCCUCCUCCGUCUCCUCUGCUCUCAGAGCUGCUCAAGAAGGGAAACCUCAUCUCUGCCAGCCCCCGCCUGGUUUCAGAAGGUGAUCUCUCAGGAAACCUCUCAAACGGAGUUCAAACGGCCGCAGUUUUGCCGUCAGCGCAUGACGUCAUGACAGAUGCGGAGGUGAAGGCGGAGCUGGGGGAGGCGCUGGGCGAGGACGACCUGGUGGCCGUGUCGUACAUGGGAGACGAACUGGACCUGGAGACGGUGGGAGACAUCAUCGCCAUCAUCGAGGAGAAGGUGGAUGACUCUGUGGAGGCGCUGGAUGCCGCUGCAGUAGAAGCCGCUCUGUCUCUGUGCGAAGACGCCCACGCUCUGCCGGGACCCUGGGACCCGCAGCCCACAGACGAGACCCCCACCACGAUCCAAGACCCCAACCAGGACCACCUCGACGGCCCGACAUCCAACCCCCUCACCGCAGACGACUCCGCUGCUCCGCCUGAGACCAAAGCAGAAGAGCAGAAGGACGUGGAAGGAGCAGAGGAGAGCGGAGGUGACGAACACGCACUGAUGGAGGCGAAGGUCAGGGAGGAGGAGGGGGGAGCAGGAGCGACGGAGGUGACGGAGGUGAAGACUGAGGCCGAGGAGUGGAGCCACGCGGAGUCCAAUCCGCCGUGUCUAGAUUCUGAAGACAGCUCCGUGUCGGGAAGAGAGUCCAAGGAGGUGAAGGAGGAGGCGUGCAGCGAGGCCGACCCUGACGACGGCUCGGAGCUGAAGGAGGAGGGAGCAGACGGGUCGUACCUGUCGGAGGCGGAGCCCGCGGCGAGCGAGAGCGAGGACGGAUACGGCCCCGCGUCUCAGAGAUACACCGCAGACUCUCUGGCCAGCAGCCCGGCGUCUUCCUCCCAACUGUCGACGUGCGGCGAGGACCAGGAGGCCGUGCAGGCGCAGAAGAUCUGGAAGAAAGCCAUAAUGCUGGUUUGGAGGGCAGCAGCCAAUCACAGAUACGCCAGUGUGUUCCUGCAGCCGGUGUCAGACGACAUCGCUCCUGGAUACCACAGCAUCGUCCACAGGCCCAUGGACCUCUCUGCCAUAAAGAAGAACAUCGAGUCGGGGGUGAUCCGGACCACGGCGGAGUUCCAGCGCGACAUUAUGCUGAUGUUCCAGAACGCCGUCAUGUACAACUCCUCGGACCACGACGUGUUCCACAUGGCUCUGGAGAUGCAGCGCGACGUCCUGGAGCACGUGCAGCAGUUCCUGGCCACGCAGCUCAUCAUGCAGACGUCCGAGAGCGCCAUCUCCGCCAAGAGCCUGAGGGGGCGGGAGGGCGUGAGGAAGCCAGGAGAGCCCCCGGAGAAGGACUCUGUUCCAAUGGCCUCUCCUGCUUUCCUUCUCUCUCUCUUUGAUGGGGGCACACGGGGGCGCCGCAGUGCCAUGGAAGCGGAUAUGAAAAUGAAGAAGUAG